ACUUUACGGAGAAUUGAUCUGACUGGAAAUGUUAUAGAAGAAAUAGAAGAAAAAGCUUUUGAAAAACUUGUCUUACUUGAGCAGCUUUCUCUUGCUGAAAACAAACUGACCAGGAUUCCAGUCUUGCCAACUAAACUAACCUCCUUCAAUGCCAAUAAUAACCUUAUCAAAAGCAAAGCAAUCAAAGUAAAUUCAUUUAAGAAGCUGACUAACUUAGCUUAUCUCUAUCUGGCUAACAAUCAUCUGGACAGUGUGCCACCAAAUCUGCCUGAAAGCCUUCGGGUCAUUCAUCUCCAGGUUUGUAUACCCUUAUGACUACAUCUCUAGGUUUAUAUAUCCUUAUGAUUACAAAACUCCAAAAACUGGACAAUGUAGACGUAAAUGGACGUAAAUUGUUGCAUGUCUCUGGAACAACAUUAUGAGCAUUUUUCACAACAUGGUUUGUCACUUAUGUU